CAUUGUAGGAUUUUUAGAUUGAAUUCUAUUAAAGUCUGCUAGCCGGAUAAUACGGAAAUGCUUUACAUUAAAGCUUGAUUAAUGAAAUACUAAGCUAACCAUAUAACUUAUCAUAUUCACGACAAUGCUAUUUAUAUUAUCAGAAUAAAUAUGUUUCUGAUAGGUUUUUUCAUUCAUGUUGUGUUUUUGUUUUCAAUAUUUGAUAUUUAUUUUAAAUCUCCUAUUGUAAAAAAUGUAGCCUCAUAUCAGCCACAUCAUGAGCCAGUAGCAGACCGCCUCGUGCUCUUUAUGGUAGACGGCUUGAGAGCAGAGUCGUUUCUUAACUAUACAACAAUGCCAUAUUUGAGAUCCAUAGCUAAUAAUUAUGGCAGAUGGGGCAUAUCCAGCACUCAAGUCCCUACAGAGUCCCGGCCCGGCCAUGUAGCAGUAAUCGCAGGCUUCUAUGAAGACCCUUCUGCUAUUAUGAAGGGAUGGAAAGAAAAUCCUGUUGAUUUUGAUUCAGUGUUCAACCAAACUGCAUAUACCUGGUGUUGGGGCACUUAUGAUAUUGUAGACAUCUUUACAAAAGGAACAGUAGACAAUCAUAUUUUUGUCCACAAGUUUGACCCUUAUGAUAAUACAUUUAGUACUGAUAAAAAUACAACACUUCUAGACUCAUGGGUAUUUGAAAAUGUUAGAAAAUUCUUCCACAAAGCAAAGAGUGAUAAUGCAGUGCAAGAAAAGAUGUGGAGCAAAAAAAUUAUUUACUUUUUGCAUUUACUUGGGACAGAUACAUCUGGACAUACACACAAACCUAAAACACAGAACUUUCUAACAACUGUUAGAAAUGUUGACCAGGGCAUCAAGGAUGUAGAAAAAAUUGUCAGAGAAUUUUACAAUGAUGAUGGCAAAACUACUUUCCUAAUGACAUCUGACCAUGGCAUGACAGAUUGGGGGUCACAUGGGUCCGGUGAUGAUCAUGAAACACAAACUCCAUAUGUGAUGUGGGGUGCUGGAGUGCACCAAGCUAUGGAGGGACCUGCAGACCCACACACCAAGGGCAUGUCACUCAACCACAGGUUUGACAUAAAACAGGCAGACUUGACUCCGCUCAUGUCUACUAUACUCUCAAUACCUGUGCCUGUCAAUUCUAUUGGCAAACUGCCAGUAGAUUUGCUCAACAUGACGCUGCCAAACAAAGCCAAAGCUGUCUACAGUCACAGCAGACAAUUAGCUUCUCAGUAUAAUAGAAAGAAGCUGGAAGUAGAAUCAAAUGCCAUAUCACUACUUUACAAACCAUUUAAGCCAUUUAGCACUGAAAAGUAUGAAGAAAUGAUAGAAUUUACUGAGAAACUAUUACUGAGUGGAGAAUAUGAGAAGCUUAUAAGCUUUAGUGAAGAAAUCACACAACUAAGUCUUGCAGGACUGACAUAUUAUCAAAAUUACUAUCAACGCCCAUUGUUGAUACUAGUCACCAUGUCAUUCAUAGGCUGGAUUUUGUAUUUACUCAAAGUAUUAUUAGAGCAAAAAGUAAAUUCUCAAGUGGAACCCGAAAAUUUAAAGAGGUUUAGCAUUUUGGGCUCGCAUUUAUUUUCAAAUGUGGUAUUUUUGCUAUUAUGUUUUUCGUCAUUUUAUGUUGUAUUUGGUGAGUAUCACAACUAUCUGUUUUGCACGACGGUUAUUCACGGAGUAUGGAUUCAAGUAUUGUGCUAUGGCUUAGGCUCAAUGGCAAUGGGUUUGUCCUUCACCUAUCGAUGGAUGUUGAGCAUCCCACUCAUGGGCAUGGGCGUGUGGCCUUUUUUCUCCUCCAUACGAAAUCGCUUGACUACACCGAUUCUCGUUGUGUGGCCAGCUACCUGUGCUAUGCUUAGUUUCUUUUCAUUUGUACCUGUAGUUGGGAAAGAUGUGCUAAUAGAAUUAGUGAUUAUCGCUGGAUUGAUUUGGCUUCUCGUGAUGACUAUUUACAUUCUGAGAGUCUUACUGCCUCUUUACAACACACGUGAAGAAAAUCGGACUGAAGUCGUAUUAGCUGUGAUACAGAUGGCAUUGCUAGUUUUCUCGUUACAUAAUAUAAAUGUACAGUCAAGGAGAUUUGACCAGGGCACGCCGGUGUCGUCCUUUCAUCAACUAAUGUCGUGGGUGACUGCAGUUGUCUCACUGGCGUUACCGAUGGCCAGUUCCAAGAGGCUAGUGUGCCGCCUAAUGACCAUAAACACAUCGAUACUUAUAUUUUACCUUCUGCUUUCCGUGGCACACGAGGGGCUCUUUCUGGUCACGCUAAAUUUCAACGUCAUGUGCUGGGUUUUGAUUGAAUUCAGACUACUUCACCUCGGUCGCAUAAGGAUAAUUGACUGCACAUUUGACAAAUCGUCUGUUGAAGAAGACAAAUUGAAACGAAGUCUCACAUCUGUUGAAAGAAGUAUAAGUAGUGACGAUUUUAGAAGGGCUUUCUUUUUCCUAGCUUAUGUAAUUUUAGCGUUUUUCGGAACCGGUAAUAUAGCGUCACUCAACUCAUUCGAAGUUAGAUGGGUUACAUGUUUCAUAACGUCCUUCCAGCCGUUUAUAAUUACUGGACUAAUUCUACUGAAGACUUUGACGCCUUUCUUAAGUGUCGCGUGCUGCUUUAGAGGCGUACAGUAUUUGACAGAGGCACCAACAGGGUACUUACAUAUCAUAGUACUCAUAUACUCUAACAUUAUGGGCAUUCAGUUGCUAUACUAUGUUAGAAACACUGGCAGUUGGCUGGAAAUUGGCACUUCAAUUUCACAAUUUGUUAUAGUUCAAGUUAUUACUCUAUUUAUAGUUUUAAUUAAUCAAAUGGCAAAAGUAAUGACUGACUUUAAUGUAUUUAAUGUAGUAAAUAAGUUAUUUAAAAGUAGAAAAAAAUAUGUUUAAUAAAAAAAUUAACUGUA